GCGGCGUUGAGUGGAUGUGUGGUGGUUUCGAAUGCUGUGUGAAAAAAAAGCAACAUUGUAGCGGUGCGGGCUGCGCGGUGGAUACUUUUCUCUUUACACUGUGGAGCAGCAUGGCGGAGGAGAGAGCUCAGCCGACCGCAAAGCGUCUCUGUUCCAGGCCCUUCCCAGUUUCUAGAUCGUCCCAGAAACCUGCACUGACCGGGAGAGUCCACAACCCGGAGUCUCUCCUGGAUGCCAGCGCUAAAAUGGUGGCGGAGAAGUGGCCCUUCCAGCAAGUGGAGGAACGUUUUUCUCGCAUCCCCGAGCCCGUCCAAAGACGAAUUGUUUACUGGUCUUUCCCGAGGAACGAGAGGGAGAUCUGUAUGUACUCGUCCUUUAACUACUACUCUCCCGAGGAGACGGCAGCCGCCGCGGCAGGAGGUGCAACCGUAACCGGGGACGAUGAUAACAGACUCCCGUUCAGGAGAGGUAUUAAACUGCUGGAGAGCGGCUAUGUGGAAAAUGUUCUUCAAGUAGGAUUUCAUCUGAGUGGAACUGUGACUGAACCAGGCACCCAGUCAGAACCUGAAAUGAUCUACAGAGUGGCCAUCAGUUUUGACCGCUGCAAGAUCACCUCCGUAACGUGUGGCUGUGGCAACAAAGACAUUUUUUACUGCGCCCAUGUAGUGGCACUUUCGCUGUACAGAAUAAGAAAGGCUGAUCAGGUCAAACUGCGUCUUCCCAUCUCUGAGACACUUUUCCAAAUGAACAGAGACCAGCUUCAGAAAUUUAUUCAGUAUUUGAUCACAGCUCACCACACAGAAGUACUUCCCACAGCACAGAAAUUGGCUGAUGAAAUCUUAUCGUCCAAUUCGGAGAUCAACCAAGUACAUGGUGCCCCCGACCCAACAGCAGGUGCCAGCAUUGAUGAUGAGAAUUGCUGGCAUCUUGACGAAGAGCAAGUUCGAGAGCAAGUCAAACAAUUCCUAUCGCAGGGUGGAUACUACGGGUCUGGCAAGCAACUAAAUUCUAUGUUUGCUAAGGUACGAGAAAUGCUGAAGAUGAGGGAUUCAAAUGGUGCCAGGAUGUUGACAUUAAUAACAGAACAAUUCAUGGCUGACCCACGGCUCUCUCUCUGGAGGCAACAAGGCACAGGCAUGACAGACAAAUGCCGACAGCUAUGGGAUGAACUGGGUGCACUGUGGGUGUGCAUUGUAUUGAAUCCUCACUGCAAGCCAGAUGAGAAAAUCUCCUGGCUCCGACAGCUGAAGAAAUGGAGCGACAUGGAUGUCUGUCCUCUCGAAGAUGGAAACUAUGGCAACGAGUUACCCAACAUCACCAAUGCCCUUCCUCAGAGCUCCAAUCAGAAUCCAGAUUCUUUAGCUAGACCGAGACGGACAGUUUUCACGCGUGCAAUGGAAGCUUGUGACCUACACUGGCAGGAUAGUCACCUUCAGCGUAUUAUUAGCAGCGAUUUUUACGCAUCACCCUCUUACCAGAGAGAGGGUGAGAGCCUCCUUUUCAACUCUCAUGGGCAACCUCUGUGGUUAGAACAUGUUCCCACUGCCUGUGCAAGGGUGGAUGCCCUUCGUUCACAUGGUUAUCCCAAAGAAGCUCUGCGAUUAGCUGUUGCAAUCAUCAACACACUCCGUCUACAACAGCAACGGCAGCUGGAAAUCUAUAAACAUCAGAAGAAAGAAUUAUUACACAGAGGAGUAACUACAAUUACAAAUUUGGAAGGGUGGGUGGGUCAUCCUCUGGACCCAAUUGGGUGUCUAUUCAUCACACUGACUGAAGCUUGCCGACUGGAGGAUGAAAGUUGUAUAGACACAGCAGAUUCUAACAGCGAUCUGAAGCCUGCCAUCUACCAACAUGUAGCUGUGUCUGGGUGCCUGGAUAGCAAUGAAUCAUACCUUACACUGGCUAUGGAGGUAGCACUGAUGGGCAUGGGUCAGCAGAGAGUAAUGCCCGAGGGACUUUAUGCACAAGACAAGGUCUGUCGCAAUGAGGAACAAAUAAUCUUCAAACUACAGGAACUUGAAUUAGACGAAAUGCUUGUACAAGUCCUACGUAAACAGUCUAUUAUCUUAUUAGAAGGAGGUCCAUUCAGUGGCCUGGGCGAAGUGAUUCACCGGGAAAGCGUGCCAAUGCACACUUUUGCAAAGUACCUUUUUUCGGCUUUACUGUCACACGAUGCUGACCUUGCAUACAAACUGGCUUUAAGAGCAAUGAGAUUACCUGUUCUAGAGUCCACCGCACAUGCAGGCGAUGUGUCACAUCCUCACCACAUUGUUUCAGUUGUACCCAGUCGAUAUCCUCGGUGGUUUACUUUAGGGCACCUGGAAUCUCAACAAUGUGAGCUGGCCUCUACAAUGUUAACAGCUGCCAAAGGAGAUAUGUUGAGGUUGCGGACAGUCCUAGAAGCGAUUCGGAAGAACAUUCACUCCUCUUCCUUGAUAUUCAAACUGGCCCAGGAUGCAUUUAAAAUCGCUACACCAGCGGACAGUCCUCCAGAUAUUACGCUUCUCAAUGUGGCCCUUGAGCUUGGGUUGCAGGUGAUGAGGAUGACCCUGUCGACCUUGAAUUGGCGGCGCAGGGAAAUGGUGCGCUGGUUGGUGACCUGUGCUACAGAAGUUGGUGUGCGAGCUUUGGUCAGCAUCCUACAGAGCUGGUACACACUCUUCACUCCAACUGAAGCAACUAGUAUUGUGGCAGCUACUGUCACGUCACACAACACCAUUCUUCGGCUGAACUUGGACUACACGCAAAGGGAGGAACUGGCAAGCUGUGCCCGCACCCUUGCUCUUCAAUGUGCCAUGAAAGAUCCACAGAAUUGUGCACUGUCUGCUUUAACACUGUGUGAGAAAGACCAUAUUGCCUUUGAGACGGCCUAUCAAAUUGUUAUCGAUGCAGCUUCUACGGGUAUGACCUAUUCCCAGUUGUUUACCAUAGCUCGAUAUAUGGAGCAUAGAGGGUACCCAUUACGGGCCUUCAAACUCGCCAGCCUUGCCAUGACCCACCUCAAUUUAGCCUACAACCAGGACACCCACCCAGCUAUCAAUGAUGUUCUAUGGGCAUGUGCUUUAAGCCACUCUUUGGGUAAAAAUGAACUGGCUGCCAUUAUCCCUUUGGUUGUUAAGAGUGUACAGUGUGCCACAGUGCUAUCAGACAUUCUGCGCAGGUGUACAAUGACGGCCCCUGGACUAGCGGGUAUACCUGGCCGGCGGAAUUCUGGUAAACUGAUGUCAACUGACAAGGCUCCUCUCCGCCAGCUCCUGGAUGCCACGAUCGGUGCUUACAUCAACACCACUCACUCUCGCCUAACGCACAUCAGCCCACGGCACUAUGGGGAGUUUAUUGAAUUUCUUAGCAAGGCCAGAGAGACGUUUCUGAUGGCACAGGAUGGACAUAUACAAUUUGCUCAGUUCAUAGAUAACUUAAAACAGAUUUAUAAGGGAAAGAAAAAACUAAUGAUGCUUGUCCGAGAACGCUUUGGCUGAUGCACUAUUUAUGAACUUUUUUUGUUUCCUAUUUUUUGUUCAGCUGUGAUCUUGUCUCUUAGGAGUGGUACUCAGUGUCUUGGCACAACCAGUGGAGCCAGUCAGCUUUUAUUUGAGCAUUAACCAGUAUAUACAUUCUUCAGUAAUUUCAGCAGCCACAAAAUUAACUGUUCUGGCACAUAAAACUCAAGGAUUAUGGAAAACAAAGUUAUACAAAGUCUCUUAUGUUUUACAAGUGUACCCACUAAACCAAAUCCUAGUACACAAGGCAAAUACCUCUAGCAAGCUCUCUAUUUCUCACGUGUUUUCUCUCUCUCUCUCUCUCUCUUCUAUCCCUCUUGCUGUCUCCCAUAUUCAGCUUUAAUCUCCAUGAGUUGCCAGGUUUUAAAGCAAAGGAAAGAGUAUGCAUUUUUUUUUAAAAAGAUAAUGUAUAAGCAAAGCAACACUAAACCUCACGCACCACCAAAACAGUUUAGUGAGAUGGCUUACUCACACGUGACCAUACGCCGUGUGUUUUUGUGUGUGUGAAGGUACUUAAAGAAGAGACCAUUCUCAGGGAUGCUAAACAAAAGUAGCAAAAGCAUUUAUGAAAACUGUAAAUAUUAUAUUAUAUGUGUCUAUUAUUGAAAGAAUUGUAAAGUAUAUUAAUUUAUAAUUAAUAUUCUAUGUCAUUAAUGGGAUACUUGAAAUUCACUGUGGGCUGGAAAUGUUUUAACAGGAGGGAGACUGCAGAGCACAUUUCUCAGGUUACCCCCAUGCAUUGUGUGUAUGUAUGUAAACGAGUGAAGGAGAUGACAUCUCUAUGCAGAGCUACUUACGUACUGUCCCCUGGAUAUGAACUGGUUCCCAAGGGUAAAUUGGGGAUAAUUUUUUUAAUAAGUUUUAUUUUUAGGAGCUGAAGAUUAGGUGUAGAUGAAAGAAUUUGGACUUGGUACUUUAUGAAAGUACACACAGGUAUUAAUUAAGCUUGCCUCGUACCUCUGUUGGGACAGUAUUCUGUGGUUCAAAAAAACAUUAUUUAAAAAUAAGAAGUCAUGGGUGACUGUGAAGUAAAUGAGCUGGUAGCACUCAGCUUCAUUUGUUAGAACUUGCGUGUACAACCUCUCGUCAUUACAUAAACCAUAUUUCGUAACAACAACUCUGUCAUGUUCUAAUACCACAGAUAAUUAAAGAGAAAAGUUAUUAAAAAGUGUUUCAACUUAAAAGCUGUUGCCUUCCCAAUGUCGUUCAUUCAAGAAAGAAAGUGUUUUAAUUUUUUUUCUCCUCUGUUGUGUUCCUGCGUCCAAUGUUUUUCUUUUUACAAAUAGCUGCUUCCCGUGAACAGUUUUGAAAAAAUGUAAAUCUUGUUGGUCCGGUUACAUUGCAAAAAAAAACUUCUUUUGAAUGUCUUUGUGUUAACUGUACCAGUGUCAGUUUGUCAUAGUUUUAGGGGAAAAAAUGCGCUGAUAGAGAACGUUGACUAGAUGUACCUACUGUUGAGAUAUGAAAAAAGUGUUUAGUAAAUGUCGCCUCUCUCUGCGCUACUGAAAGCUUAAUUCAGUAUUUGUUGCCACAAAGUAUCUAAUUUCAUCAACAAUUCAUUUUUGUGUAACCUCUUGAUCUGAUGCUUAAAAAGACAAAAAAUACGAAAUUUAAUACUAUUUAUGUAAUGCUACUACCAUUUUAUAUAACUGUGUCAAAAAUUUCAGUGCUU